GAAGUGAGGAGUGAAACAGUUUAUUUACCGCUGAACAAGUUAUUUCGAUUAAACUGAAGUCAACCACGGAGAGUAUUUUUUGUUUGUGGAAAUAAAUUAUAAUCAUUUUGAAUCUAGAAAUAUCUCUGCGAGUGCUUAUUAAGAAAUUUACUGAGUCUUAGACCUCCUCCUCUGGACUACUCUGCUAUCUUUAUUUUUAUUUUUUCAAACUUUUUUGUAAGUAAGUAAAUAAACUUCACCGAAGACCCAAAGGAUCAUCCAUGAUCGCUCUGCACGGAGGACAGAAAGCAGCCGGCGUGCCCUUUCCCACACACAAGAGAACAGUGAAGAUGACAACAUGGUUCCUGUGCUAAGCUCCAAAAAAGCGAGUGAACUGCCCGUCAAUGAAGUGGCGUGCGCUCUUCAGGCCAACCUUCAGUAUGGGCUGAGCGAGGAGGAAGUGGUGCGCCGCAGGAUCUACCAUGGCUGGAACGAAUUUGACAUCAGCGAAGAGGAGCCGCUGUGGAGGAAGUACAUCUCCCAGUUUAAAGAUCCGCUCAUCCUGCUGCUGCUGGCUUCAGCCGUCAUCAGCGUUCUCAUGCGCCAGCUUGACGACGCCAUCAGCAUCACUGUGGCCAUCAUCAUCGUAGUGACCGUCGCGUUCGUCCAGGAGUAUCGCUCGGAGAAGUCUCUAGAGGAGCUCGGCAAGCUGGUUCCUCCGGAAUGUCACUGUGUCAGGCAAGGACAGCCGCAGCACAUGUUGGCCAGAGAACUGGUGCCUGGAGACACCGUCUGUCUGUCAGUGGGGGAGAGGGUCCCGGCAGACCUCCGCCUCUUUGAGGCCAGCGACCUUUCUGUGGAUGAGUCCAGUCUGACAGGGGAGACGGCGCCUUGCUCCAAGUCCACCACGCACCAGCCGGACGCUACCAACAGAGACAUCGCUUCCCGCAGCAACAUCGCCUUUAUGGGCACGUUGGUGCGCUGCGGCCGAGCCAAGGGAAUCGUCAUCGGAACAGGAGAGAACUCAGAGUUUGGGGAGGUGUUCAAGAUGAUGCAAGCAGAGGAGGCUCCGAAGACGCCGCUGCAGAAGAGCAUGGACCUCCUGGGGAAGCAGCUGUCGCUUUAUUCCUUCGGCAUCAUCGGGGUCAUCAUGCUAGUGGGCUGGCUGCAGGGAAAGAGGAUCCUGGACAUGUUCACCAUCGGUGUUAGUCUGGCGGUGGCGGCCAUUCCUGAGGGUUUACCCAUCGUGGUGACGGUGACGCUAGCGCUUGGCGUGAUGCGCAUGGUGAAGAAAAGGGCCAUCAUCAAAAAGCUUCCCAUCGUGGAGACGCUGGGCUGCUGCAACGUCAUUUGCUCAGACAAAACCGGAACGCUGACCAAGAACGAGAUGACCGUCACGCAGAUGUUCACGGCUGAUGGCCUCCAUGCUGAGGUGACGGGCGUGGGCUACAACGGGGCUGGGGAAGUCCUGGUGGACGGAGAGGUGGUACAUGGAUUUUCACAUCCGUCAUUCAGUAAGAUCGUGGAGGUCAGCUGCGUGUGUAACGACUCUGUCAUCCGAAACGAGACUCUGCUGGGACGGCCCACAGAGGGAGCACUCAUCGCCCUCGCCAUGAAGAUGGGGCUGGAGAGCUUGCAGCAGGAGUAUGUCCGCCAGGAGGAGUAUCCCUUUACCUCGGAGAAGAAGUGGAUGGCGGUGCGCUGCGUUCACCGCACACAGCAGGACAAGGCGGGGGUCUUUUUCGUGAAGGGCGCCUACGAGCAGGUGAUCCGCUUCUGCCGCUCCUACUACAAUAAAGGAACUGCACUUCCGCUCAACCACCAGCAGAUGGAGCUCUACCAGCAGCAGAUCAGUUACAUGGGUACUGCAGGCCUCCGAGUCUUGGCCUUCGCCUCUGGUCCUGAGAUGGGCAGUUUGACCUUCUUGGGGCUGGUUGGCAUCAUCGACCCUCCCAGGUCAGGGGUCAAAGAGGCCGUGGCUGCUCUCAUCAGCUCUGGCGUCGCCAUCAAGAUGAUCACUGGUGACUCCCAGGAGACUGCUGUGUCCAUCGCCAGUCGCCUGGGCCUCUCCUCCAAAGGAUGUCAGUGUCUGUCAGGGGACGAAGUGGACCACCUCGACCUGCAACAGCUCUCUUGUGUCGUCCCCCGAGUCUCAGUGUUCUACAGAGCUAGUCCCAGACACAAGCUAAAGAUCGUCAAGAGUCUCCAGAACAUCGGCGCCGUGGUGGCCAUGACAGGCGAUGGCGUGAACGACGCCGUGGCUCUGAAAGCGGCCGACAUUGGUGUGGCCAUGGGCCAGACGGGCACAGACGUUUGCAAGGAGGCGGCUGACAUGAUCCUGGUUGACGAUGACUUCCAGACCAUCAUGUCGGCCAUCGAGGAGGGAAAAGGCAUCUACAACAACAUCAAGAACUUUGUGCGUUUCCAGCUGAGCACGAGUAUCGCCGCGCUGACUCUCAUCUCCUUGGCGACGCUGAUGAACUUCCCAAACCCGCUGAACGCCAUGCAGAUUCUGUGGAUCAACAUCAUUAUGGACGGACCGCCCGCACAGAGUUUGGGCGUAGAACCCGUGGACCGCGGCGUGAUCCGGCAGCCUCCUCGGAACGUGAAAGACAGCAUCCUCACACGCAGUCUCAUCAUCAAGGUUCUGGUGUCGGCCUUCAUCAUCGUCUGUGGGACGCUCUUCGUCUUCUGGAGAGAGUUGCAAGACAACGUGAUCACUCCUCGGGACACCACCAUGACUUUCACGUGCUUCGUCUUCUUCGACAUGUUCAACGCGCUCAGCUCUCGCUCGCAGACACGUAUGGUCCACGAGAUGGGUCUGUGCAGCAAUAGAACAUUCUGCUUUGCUGUGCUGGCGUCCAUCAUGGGUCAGCUGCUUGUCAUCUACUUCCCGCCUUUGCAGCGCGUCUUCCAGACGGAGAGCCUCAGUUUCUUCGACCUGCUCUUCCUGGUGGCGCUUACGUCGUCAGUGUGCGUGGUGUCGGAGGCCAUUAAGAAGCUGGAGAGGUUGCGACGAGCCGAGACAAGCCCGCCCACAGACUGCUUCCACGAGGUAUGACGUCCUGGUGCCUCCCCUCCGGAGGAUGAAGGUGACAGUCUUAGGGAUUGAAGGACAAUAUAAAAAAGACAAUAUGGCUGAUCUCCCCCAUCACAAACGUUCCUGCUCUGUCCUGCCCCCCCUCGUUGACUCCCCUGACCACUACUGAGCCUGCUUCCGGGAGGUCAAAGACUGCGCCACACCAGAAAGGGAACACGGGUGGAAUACCUUUCACUGCACACAUGCUACCGCUUCGAUUGACUCUGAUGGCGUCCUUGUAAGAAGGACUUUUACAAAAGGCACAGCAGGCAGGUUUCGCUCACUCGCUGUCACUCAUGAGCUGGAGAGGUUUAGCCCAGGAUGUCAAGCGGGUGUCUUCAGGGUCCAAGUGCCCGCCCGCUCUGGUCGUCCUGUGCCUUCGAGGAGAGGCCAUCAUCAUCGCGCUCUUUUUUUUCCCCAGCGCUUUGGAAAUUUUUUGGUGAAAAGGAAGGAAGUAAUUAUUUGUUUUAUAGCGUUACAAUAGAAUAAACCAAAUCUCUUUUACAUAG